AUGGCUCAUGCAUCCUUUGGUGAACAAAACCAAAUACGAGAGACGGAAUCACUUCAGAAGAUUGUCGAGAGGACCGCAGGAAACUUGAUCGACAUUCCCUCCACGUUCCAUGUCGAGAGGCUACAGCAACAGGAGGCCCAGGACCGAUCGAACGAGUACCUGAAUGCAUUGAACACGGUCAAGUUGCCCGAACAGACCAUUCGCAAGCUGUACAGCAUGACCUCAGUCAUGGCUUCCGCGGGGACGGACUCGCAAACGAACGAGAUGCACGAGACGACGAAAGCAGCUACACCCAGGGAGCGGUCAUCAACCUCGUCGGGUAGUUCUAUCAAGGCGCCCUCUGUGCGCGAAGUAUUGGCAGAAAAGACUGUUGAUCCCAAGACAGUUGGUUGGAUGGCAAGCGCGAUGGGUGAACUUCACCAGGCUACAGAGUCAAUUGACGUUGAGGAUGUCGGAGACCUCAUCGUGACCCUCUCACCGCCCGCAGCGAGAUAA